AGCCGGGACCGGGCAUGGACCGGCGGCCGGCGUCGGAGGGCGGCUAAGCACGGUAGAGGGUGCGCACCCGGCUGGGGCCGAGCCGGUGGGCUGCAGAUACACGGCCCCGCGGCGGCAGCGGCCAGUGCCGGCUGUCGCUGCCCCGCGCUGCGCGGGUCCAGCGGGCGGCGCUGCCGGGCGCGAUGCGCUGAGCUCCCGGGGCUGAACGUGGGCUCACGGGCGCGCGGGCAGCAGAGCCCAUGGAGCCGGCGGGAGCCGGGCGGAGCCUGCGGGCGCCCACGCCGCUGCUGCUCCUGCUGCUCCUGCAGGUGGCCGGGCCGGCGGGCACCCUAGCUGAGACCCUGCUGGACGCGCCCAGGGCCAUGGGCACUAGCUCCAGCCCGCCCAGCCCCGCGAGUGUGGUGGCCCCCGGAACGACGCCGUUCGAGGAGAGCCGGUUGCCAGUGUUCACCCUGGAUUACCCCCAUGUGCAGAUCCCCUUCGAGAUCACCCUGUGGAUCCUGCUGGCCUCCCUGGCCAAGAUUGGCUUCCAUCUCUAUCACAAAUUGCCCACAAUAGUGCCUGAGAGCUGCCUUCUUAUAAUGGUUGGACUUCUACUAGGUGGGAUUAUUUUUGGAGUCGAUGAAAAGUCCCCCCCUGCAAUGAAGACGGACGUGUUUUUUUUAUAUCUCCUCCCACCCAUUGUACUUGAUGCGGGCUAUUUCAUGCCCACGCGCCCAUUCUUUGAGAACAUCGGUACCAUUUUCUGGUAUGCUGUGGUCGGGACUCUUUGGAAUUCCAUUGGCAUUGGGGUGUCCCUGUUUGGUAUCUGCCAGAUUGAAGCCUUUGGCCUGAGUGAUAUCACUUUGCUCCAGAAUCUGCUCUUCGGCAGCUUAAUCUCAGCUGUGGACCCCGUGGCUGUGCUGGCUGUCUUUGAGAACAUUCACGUCAACGAGCAACUCUACAUUCUGGUCUUUGGAGAGUCCCUGCUGAACGAUGCAGUGACAGUGGUCCUGUACAACUUGUUCAAGUCUUUCUGCCAGAUGAAAACCAUUGAGACUAUUGACGUGUUUGCUGGGAUCGCCAACUUCUUUGUUGUGGGCCUUGGUGGUGUUUUGAUUGGCAUCUUUCUGGGAUUUAUAGCGGCAUUUACUACUCGGUUCACGCAUAACAUCCGGGUGAUCGAGCCCCUGUUUGUCUUCCUGUACAGUUACUUGUCAUAUAUCACAGCUGAAAUGUUUCACCUCUCAGGUAUCAUGGCAAUCAUUGCUUGUGCAAUGACUAUGAAUAAGUAUGUGGAAGAAAAUGUGUCUCAGAAAUCUUACACGACCAUCAAGUAUUUCAUGAAGAUGCUGAGCAGUGUCAGCGAGACCCUGAUCUUCAUCUUCAUGGGCGUGUCCACCGUUGGGAAGAACCACGAGUGGAACUGGGCCUUCGUCUGCUUCACCCUGGCCUUCUGUCUGAUCUGGCGAGCACUGGGUGUCUUUGUUCUGACUCAGGCCAUUAACUGGUUCCGGACGAUCCCCCUGACCUUUAAGGAUCAGUUUAUCAUUGCCUAUGGGGGACUCCGAGGUGCCAUCUGCUUUGCGCUAGUGUUUCUCCUUCCUGCUGCCGUAUUUCCCCGGAAAAAGCUCUUCAUUACGGCUGCGAUCGUCGUCAUAUUCUUUACUGUCUUCAUCCUGGGAAUAACCAUUCGACCCCUGGUGGAGUUUCUUGAUGUUAAGAGGUCCAAUAAGAAACAGCAAGCUGUCAGUGAAGAAAUCCAUUGUCGGUUUUUUGAUCACGUGAAGACUGGGAUUGAAGAUGUUUGUGGACAUUGGGGUCACAACUUUUGGAGAGACAAGUUUAAGAAGUUUGAUGACAAGUACCUGAGGAAGCUUUUGAUUCGAGAAAACCAACCCAAGUCAAGCAUUGUAUCCUUAUAUAAAAAGCUUGAAAUAAAACAUGCCAUUGAGAUGGCAGAGACUGGGAUGAUAAGUACUGUCCCUUCUUUUGCAUCUCUAAAUGACUGUCGUGAAGAAAAAAUAAGGAAGCUCACGCCUGGUGAAAUGGAUGAAAUUAGAGAAAUAUUAUCCAGAAACCUCUAUCAGAUUCGUCAGCGAACUUUGUCAUACAACAGACACAAUCUGACGGCUGACACAAGUGAGAGACAAGCCAAGGAGAUUCUGAUCCGCCGAAGGCACAGUUUGCGGGAAAGCAUUAGGAAAGACAACAGCUUGAAUCGGGAGCGCAGGGCUUCCACUUCGACCUCUCGAUACUUAUCCUUACCAAAAAAUACAAAGCUUCCAGAAAAGCUACAAAAGAAAAAGAAUAUUUCUAAUACAGGUGGCAAUAGCAGCGACUCAGACACAGAUGCUGGGACCACUGUCCUCAACUUAAAGCCCCGAGCUAGGCGCUUCCUGCCAGAACAGUUUUCAAAGAAAGCCCCCCAGCCCUACAAGAUGGAAUGGAAAAACGAGAUGGACGUCGAUUCUGGCCAAGGGCAGCCCUGCAGUCCCCCAGCUCCCCACAGCAAAGAGGGGGGCACCCAGACCCCAGGUGUGCUCCGGCAGCCCCUUCUCUCCAAAGGCCAGUUUGGCCUGGUGCGGGAAGACAAUGUGACUGAAGGCAACAGACCCAAGCCGCCACCCAGGCUGGUCCGAAGGGCAUCGGAACCUGGAAGCCAGAAAACCCGCUUUGGGAGUGAGAAGCCUUAAUGGAAAUGGCCAAAGCUGACCUGGGGGGCGGGGGUAACUGACCCAGCACAGCUGUGGUUGUUACCCUGAAUCCUGGCACAACAGCGGAAUCCAUUUAAAACCCUGUAUGGCUCUAAAUCCUUUCUUUGGGCGAUAGAGUCACGCCAUUGAUUAAUGGGACGAUUGCUUAUCCCAAGAA